AUGCUUCGCGACGGGGGCACUGGUGACUGGAUAGGUACAUUCUUAGGACACAAAGGGGCAGUGUGGUCAGCCAAACUAAGUCUCGACACCGCGCUCGCUGUCACUGCGUCUGCAGAUUUCAGCGCCAAGGUCUGGGACAGCUAUACAGGGACGUGCUUGCACACUCUCCCGCACAACCACAUCGUACGCUCUGCGGCUAUCUCGCCAGAUGGGCUGCGCGUGCUUACCGGGGGCAAUGAACGUCUAUUGAGGCUAUUUCAUUUGGGUGAUAUCGAUAACGUCACCACGCUGGAAUCUAGUACGGGCGACGUGCACGCGCAUUCAACCACCAUAAAAUCGGUUCUAUGGCAAGAUACAGCGCAUGCCAUCAGUGGGUCUGAAGAUGGCGAGAUAAAGUGGUGGACGCUUUCCAACUCGGACAAGGACUACACAGAAUGCACAAAGACAAUCCAACUCGAUCAUCCACUCAGCUUCUUGGAGUGGUCGGCCAAUGGCCAUAUAAUGAUCGCUAUUGCAGCUAACGACGUCUAUUUCUUCGACACACACUCUCCAGGCAGCUUGCUUAAAUGUCUCACUCUCCCUCAUAAACCAUCCUGCGCAUCUAUCCACCCAAUAACCCGCGAUAGGUUCGUCGUCGGCUUGGCUGACGAUACCUGGGUGAGGAUUUACGAUUACAACAGCGCCCAGGAACUCGACUGCUUCAAGGGCCAUCAUGGCCCCGUUCACGCUGUCGAGUUUAGUCCUGAUGGAGAAUACUUUGCGUCUGGCUCCGAAGACGGCACUAUAAGAAUGUGGCAGAAUACCCCCGGUCGUGCGUAUGGUUUGUGGAAUGGAUGCUGA